GUUCCUUGUCGGUGUUGUCCGCUCGUCAAUCGUCCUCCUUCGGGCUUCGGCACAGCAAGCACCACCCCCUUCGCCACCGCCACCAUCACCGCUACCGCUACGGCUUCCCACCUCAAAACCCUAACCCUAAACCCCCUCCGCGCGGGAGCCCUCGCCCAUGGAGAACCCCAGGCCCCAGGCCCCAGCACUCACCCCUCCCAUGGCCCCGCUCCCCGUCCCCAUCCACCCGCCAAUCGCCCCAAUCCCCGUCCCUCCGCCCCGCGUGCCCGCCCCCGCCCCAGCCGCCGCCGCUUCCAUGGCCUCCACACCCACUCCCUCCACUGGGGACGGAGGCGAGGCCGAGUACGAAGUCUCCGACGACCACCGCGCCGCGCGGGAGCGCCACGAGCGCGCGGUGCAGGAGCUCCUCCAGCGGCGCCGCGCCUACGCCAUGGCCGUACCCACCAACGACUCCGCUGUGCGGGCCCGCCUCCGCCGCCUCGGCGAGCCCAUCACGCUAUUCGGCGAGCGCGAGAUGGAGCGCCGCGACCGCCUCCGAGCCCUCAUGGUCCGGCUCGAGGCCGAUGGCCAGGUCGACCGUCUCCUCCGCGCGCAGGAGGACGACCAGGCCGCGCGCAUCGGCGAGGAGGAGGAGGAGGAGCAGAUCGAGUACCCCUUCUUCACCGAGGGCUCGCAGGAGCUUCUCAAGGCGCGCCUUGACAUUGCACGGUACUCGCUGCCCCGUGCCAAGGCCAGGAUCGAGAGGGCCAAGCGACGCCACGAGGACCCUGAUGAGGAUCCAGAGGCGGAGGCCGAACUCGUCGUCAAGCAGGCCGGGGAGUUUGUGCUCGAGUGCAGUGAGAUUGGAGAUGAUCGCCCGCUCACUGGCUGUUCCUUCUCUCGUGAUGCAUCGAUGCUCGCCACAAGUGUUUUUUUUUUGUUGUUGAAGGGAAGAUCUGGUGCAGCGGCGAGAGCUAUCUCAUUGAGUCAUCAAGUCGUGGGUGCCAAGCAGUUUCUCUGCAUUUGUGGGGGAAGGAGGAUUGUCACGGUUUAUCCCUUUCCCAGACCCCACUCAUGUGGGAGCCUCCAACAUUGGUCCUGCUUGAGCUUAAUUGAGAUUAGUUUCUCACCGCAAGAGAACUGCAACUAUUCCUGGAGUGGAAUAGUCAAAGUAUGGAGCAUGCCACAAAUAACUAAGGUUGCAACCUUGAAAGGUCACACAGAACGUGCAACUGAUGUUGUCUUCUCUCCUGCUGAUGACUGCUUAGCAACAGCUUCAGCUGAUAGAACUGCAAAAUUAUGGAAACCAGAUGGGUCACUUUUGAUGUCUUUUGAUGGCCACCUUGAUCGUCUUGCUCGCCUUGCUUUUCAUCCAUCUGGAAAGUACCUUGGUACAGCUAGCUUUGACAAGACUUGGAGAUUGUGGGACAUCAAUACUGGCAAGGAACUGCUACUCCAAGAGGGGCACAGCAGAAGUGUAUAUGGAGUUAGCUUUCACCCUGAUGGUUCUUUGGCAGCAUCUUGUGGUCUUGAUGCAUAUGCUCGAGUAUGGGAUCUGAGAUCUGGAAGAUUGUUCUUUACACUCAAGGGCCAUGUGAAACCUGUCCUAGGAGUCAGCUUCUCUCCUAAUGGUUAUCUGGUUGCAACUGGAAGUGAAGACAAUUUCUGUCGGAUAUGGGAUUUGAGGAAAAGGCAAAUGUUGUAUUCUAUUCCAGCUCAUAAGAGUAUUAUUUCACAUGUGAAAUUUGAACCCCAAGAAGGGUAUUAUUUAGCGACUUCUUCCUAUGACACCAAAGCAGCCCUGUGGUCAGCUCGUGAUUACAAACCAAUCAAAAGUUUGGUGGGCCAUGAGUCGAAGGUUACUAGUUUGGAUAUUAGUGGAGAUGGACAGAAGAUUGUGACUGUGUCGCUUGAUCGUACGAUAAAAAUUUGGUCAUGCAGAAGUAGCACACAAGAUAAUGAGAUGGAACUGGAUUGAGACAAUUGGGUUCAUUGUUGCCAGCCCCGCUUCUCUAUUCAUCAGCUAGAAGUAGAUAUUCUCCCUUUUUGCUGAUCAGACAUUCCAAUCAGUCAUUGGUGCUAUUGCACGGAACUAUUUCAUAGCAUGUAUAAACCCUUGGCUUGAGAAAUAUGUUCUGCACUUACUUUGCUGAUAUUCCUUGUCAUAUACUAGGGCUAGUUUGGCUACCCCAUUUUUUAAGGGAUUUUCAUUUUUCUAA